GUGUAGGUUGCUCACUGUAGUGGUAUUAGUGUGUUACACGUUUCAAAAUGGCUGGUGGUAAAGCGGGUAAAGAUUCAGGCAAAGCCAAGGCGAAAGCAGUAUCUAGAUCAGCUAGGGCGGGAUUGCAGUUCCCUGUCGGAAGAAUACAUAGACAUCUUAAAAAUAGGACAACAAGUCACGGCCGUGUUGGUGCUACAGCGGCGGUAUAUUCUGCAGCUAUUCUGGAAUAUCUUACUGCCGAGGUUUUGGAGUUAGCGGGGAAUGCAUCAAAGGAUCUUAAGGUGAAACGUAUCACUCCUCGGCACUUGCAGUUAGCCAUCAGAGGAGAUGAGGAGCUGGACAGCUUAAUCAAAGCUACCAUUGCUGGAGGUGGUGUCAUCCCACACAUACACAAAUCACUCAUUGGGAAAAAAGGUGGUCCUGGAGCACCUGUUUAACUGAAGUAACAUCAACAAGAUCAACGUUGCAUUUGAGCCAGGAUAAGUUUCAGCAUUGUAUAAUUCAUCACCCAAUCAGUAAACAUAGUUUUCUAUAUCGGUAGUGAUGUGGACAAGUGGGAGUGACAUCAUAAAACUGUCUGCCAGGACUAAAUAUAGCUAAUAAGUAAUAGGGAAUACUUUUAGUAAUAAGGAGAUUUAAAAAUAUGAUUGAUUGUAUUAGGAUUAAGUUUAAUUUUCAGUUCAUUGAAUGGGAUAUCUUUAUUUUGCUGAAACAUUGUGUUCAAACUUACAAAGAAAUAUUGAUGUAUUGCUGCCAGCUUCUUUAUAGCCCCUUGUAGUUGGACUGUAUUUUAAUCCUCGGCUUGGAAGCUGGAGCAAUAUAAUUUCUGAUUUCAUAUAAAUAAUUGACUGCGCAAUUGUAAUUUGUUUGUAAGCUAUAAGCUGUUUUAAUAUAUUAUUUGCAGCAUUUUGUAUUUUUUUAAGUGACAAGUUGCCUAAAGCAAUAGUAUUUGCUUUAUUAUAUUGUUCAAAAUUGUAAUUUGGUAUGAUUGAACUGUUAAAAGUUGUAAGAAAUGUAUUUUGAUCUUAAAAAUAUAUUGAAAAAGCACUGAUGUUUGUUUAUUCUUAGAAUUUGUUUCAUUUUUAUCUCAACUUUCGUUAAUAUUACCUUCAUAUCUGUAAUCUUGUGUCAAGAUCUUGACUUACGAUUAGGUAGUUAGUUCAAUUUAUAUAUAACAAAAAAAAAACAAUAUUAAUUCCAGGUGCUAGAAAAUAUUGAAAUUGCAAAUAAUUUUAAAUGUAGAUUCCAAAUUUAAACCAUAUGAACAAAAAGUGUAAAGUUUUAUUGUGGUAUUUUAUUAUUUCCAUAUUUAGUAUCCAUUUUUUUAUUGACACAAAUUUUAACAAAAGGUGUCUAAAAAUAUACCUAUUUAUA